GCGGCGGGGCCGGGCGGAAGUGGGAUCGGCGGGGUCGAGAUGACUGUGCACAACCUGUACAUCUUCGCCCGCGACGGUACCUGCCUCCACUACAGCGAGUGGCACCGGCGCAAGCAGGCCGGGAUCCCCAAGGAGGAGGAGUUCAAGCUGAUGUUCGGGAUGCUCUUCUCGCUGCGCUCCUUCGUCGCCAAGAUGAGCCCCACGGACAUGCGCGACGGCUUCCUGUGCUUCCACACGAGCAAGUACCGGCUGCACUACUACGAGACGGCGACGGGGCUGCGCCUGGCGCUGAGCACCGACCUCGGCGUCGCCUCCCGCCCGCGACGCCCUGCACCACACAUCUACAGCAACCUCUUCGUGGAGCUGGUGGUGAAGAACCCGCUGUGCGGCCCCCGGGCGCCGGUGCAGAGCGAGCUCUUCCGCGGCCGCCUCGACGCCUUCGUCCGCUCGCUGCCCUUCUUCUCCGCCCGCGCAGGGUGACCCCCCCCCCCCCCCAAAACCCCCCGGGGGGGGGGGGGGGGUCGGGGACCCCCACCCACCCACCCACCGCCACCCCUGGGUGCUGGGACCCCCCCCGCAGCCCCCCCCUGCCUCCCUGGGCGCCGGUGCAGAGCGAGCUCUUCCGCGGCCGCCUCGACGCCUUCGUCCGCUCGCUGCCCUUCUUCUCCGCCCGCGCAGGGUGACCCCCCCCCCCCCCAAAACCCCCGGGGGGGGGGGGUGGGGGGUCGGGACCCCCCACCCACCACCCACCGCCACCCCUGGGUGCUGGGACCCCCCCGCAGCCCCCCCCCUGCCUCCCUGGGCGCCGGUGCAGAGCGAGCUCUUCCGCGGGCCGCCUCGACGCCUUCGUCCGCUCGCUGCCCUUCUUCUCCGCCCGCGCCGGGUGAGACCCCCCCCCCCUCCCCCCCACCCCGGGGGGGGGG